AUGAAUCAAAGCUGCCUUCCUUGGAGCCGCACUCCCAACCAAAGGAAGGAAGGAGGGAAGCAACCAGGGCGCUGCUGUUGCUUCUGCUGCAUCACUUUUUUUCCCACCCAGGAUCCAGCCAGGCUGGGAUCGCAGGAGACCCAAAGGGGUUUGCAGCCCUUCUGCGGUACCCACAAGCAUUGCUUUGUAAUUUUUUUUGUUAUUAUCCCUUUGGGGUAGAUUAUUUUUUUAAAAAAACGACAACAACUUCGCCUUCUCCCAAACAUUGCAACUAAAAUGAUGCAAAGCGCAGCGCUCGCCCCAGAAGGUGCUGUCAAGGGGCUUCCAGACAUUCUCGGCGUGCCAAUGCAACAGAUCCCCCAGUGUGCCGGCUGCAACCAGCAUAUUCUGGAUAAAUUCAUCCUGAAAGUCCUCGACCGGCACUGGCACGGCUCUUGCCUCAAGUGUGCAGAUUGCCAAAUGCAGCUGGCAGACCGCUGCUUCUCCAGAGCUGGGAGCGUCUAUUGCAAGGAAGACUUCUUCAAGCGUUUUGGGACAAAAUGCACAGCAUGCCAACAAGGAAUCCCCCCAACACAGGUGGUCAGGAAAGCCCAGGACUUUGUCUAUCACCUGCACUGCUUUGCCUGCAUUAUCUGCAACCGCCAGCUGGCCACCGGCGAUGAGUUCUACCUCAUGGAAGACGGGCGCCUGGUGUGCAAGGAGGACUACGAGACAGCUAAGCAGAACGAUGAUUCAGAAGCUGGCGCUAAGAGGCCCCGAACCACCAUCACAGCCAAACAGUUGGAAACAUUAAAAAAUGCCUAUAAAAACUCCCCCAAACCGGCCCGGCAUGUGCGGGAACAGCUGUCUUCUGAGACUGGAUUGGACAUGCGGGUUGUGCAGGUCUGGUUUCAAAACAGAAGGGCAAAAGAGAAACGGUUGAAGAAAGAUGCUGGGCGGCACCGCUGGGGUCAAUUCUACAAGAGCGUAAAGAGGAAUCGAGGAGGCAGCAAACAUGAAAAAGAGAGCUCUGCGGAGGACUGUGGUGUCAGUGACAGUGAGCUGAGCUUCAGAGAAGACCAAAUCCUUUCCGAGCUUGGCCACAACAACCGAAUUUAUAGCAAUGCUGGCGAUGUGGCUGGUGGACAACUAAUGAAUGGUACUUUCUCCAUGGACGGGACAGGACAAUCCUAUCAGGACUUGAGGGAUGGAAGCCCUUAUGGAAUCCCCCAGUCUCCAGCCUCAAUAUCAUCUCUUCCCUCACACACUCCGUUGCUAAAUGGUCUGGAUUACACGAUGGACAAUAAUUUAGGAAUAAUAGCACAUGGAGGGCAGGGGGUGAGCCAGACACUCAGAGCUAUGGCUGGCGGCCCAACCUCUGAUAUUUCUACUGGAAGCAGUGUUGGUUAUCCAGACUUUCCCACAAGCCCUGCCUCUUGGCUUGAUGAAAUGGAUCAUCCUCCUUUUUAAAACGUCUCAUUACUUGUCAUAUUCCCACUUGCUUUUUUGGCCUGAAAGCAUUUUAGCAACCCAGUGAGGGACAGCAAUCAAACUUCAAGGAUCACAGAUGUGCCAUCCCAAGAAAAUUUCCAUUCAUUUUGAAUGGGAAUUUGCUAUUUGUUUCCUGUAGAGCUGAAAGAAAACAUGGUAUUAAUAUAUAUCUAUAUGUAAACACACUUUUGCUUUCUGUUCGAAAGAGUGGGACAGUAGGAGGAGCUGCUUCUGAGUACAGCACAUUGAUGUGUAAAGUAUUUGUAUGACUUUGGGGCGCGGAAAGCGGCAGCGGUAGCAAAUGGAAGUGCACUGACUCUUUCCAAAAUAGACUUUUGCUGUUGAGUGUGACACUAGCACAUACGGAAAAUGAUUAGGCAGAUA